AUGGACUCCAAAGUCGGUGGUGUAUAUUCAUGGAAAUAUUUUAAAAUUUUAUGGAAUUGUUUUGAUUUAUUUAUUAUUAUAAUUAGUAUUAUUGAUUUAAUAACUCAAGAAUUAACACAUGAUAAUACUCAAUCAUCUUUACAAAUUGAUCAUAAUCAACAGAUACAUACACAAUUUGAACGAUUAAAUCAUUUCUUAAAAGUUCUUCGUGUUUUACGUGUACUUCGAAGUUUUCGAGCAUUACGUGUUCUUCGUACAAUACGUUUUAUUCAACCGAUUCAUACAAUUGUUAAAACAUGUUUUAAAGCAUUACCUGCUAUGGCUAGUAUCACAUUUAUUAUGAUUAUAAUAACAUGUAUAUCAGCAAUAAUUGCACGUAGUUUAUUUGGUGAUAUAUGUCCAGAAAAAUUUAAUAAUCUUAUUAAAACAUUUUUUUCUCUUUUUACUUUAUUAACACUUGAUGAUUGGUAUUCUGUGUAUCAAGUAUGUGCUGAUCGUGAUUAUGCUAGUUUUCAAUUAAUUUUUUGUUUAAUUUAUAUAUUUAUUAUAAAUUUCAUUUUACUGAAUCUUCUUAUGGCUGUACUUGUUGAUAGUUUUCAACAGACACUUGAUUAUGAUACAAAGAAAGAUAAGCAAUUGAAAAAUGAAAAUAAUAUUGAAAAACGUAUAUUGAAUAAUUUGACACAAUUAACAGAAGAAUAUUGUGACGAUAGAAAGUUCAAUAAAGAAACAGAUGAUGUUUUAAUGGAUGAAAAAGUAGAACAAAAAAAUGUAGCAAACAAUUUAACAAAAGAUUAUCGACAAAAACAAAAUUUAUUAUAUAUUGAAAAUAUCAUGAAAGAGUAUUAUAUGUUAAUGGAAAGUUUAGAAUUUCGAAUGGAAAGACAUGAACAAUUGACUAAAUUGGCACAAAAAUCAAUUAAACUAACAUUGAUUGAUCAAGAAAAUCGAAAAACAACCAUGAAAAAAUGA